AUGCUUCAGGACAAACUACGUUCAAAGGAAGAUGCUGUAAUAAUGCACUGUGCAAAAAUAAAGGAAUUACAGCAAAAGUCAAAUCAGUUUGAGAGUGACAGCAUUAGAAUUUCCGCAGAAUUUGAGAAAGUCAGCAGGGAGAGGGACGACUUAAAAAAUCGAACAGUUUUAAAAGACGAAAUACUUUCGGUAGAGGAAAUUAUAAAAACAAAAGAAAAUACAUAUCAAGUGAAUAUAUUGGAACUACAACAGCAGGUACAGCAAUUACAAGCAGAAAAAGGUAUCCUUUCAGAAAAGUAUGCGAGAAUCUGCACAGAGAUGGAUAACUUUAAAGAUGGUACGGUGCGUAAAGAGGAAAUACGCUUGAAAGAAGAAAUUAUAAAAACAAAUAAUGAGAAAAUAAAGGAAUUGCAUCAACAGACACAGCAGCUACGAACAGAAAAUGAUGGAAUUUUAGAAAAGUAUGAGCAAGUCUGCAAAGAGAGGAACGAAUUAAAAAAUGGGUCAAUGUUUAUGGACGAACUACAUUCGAGAGAAGAAAACAUAAAAACACAAGAAAAGAAAAUACGGGAUCUACAGCAGGAAUCACAACAGUUAAAAACAGAAAAGGAUGAAUUUGUAGAAAAAUACGAAAAAGUCUGCAAAGAGAGGGACGACAUAAUAGAUGGGAACCAGUCUAUAGAAUUGACAUUCGAAAAUAUGGACCGUUCAUUAAAAGAAAAAGAAAAAGAAAUGCACGUCAAGAACCAAGAAUUUCAAAACCAACUGAAUGAAAAGGACAGAAGUAUAUCAGACUUAAACAUGAUGCUAAAUCGACAUAAAGAAAUAGUAUCAGAUCAAGAAGAAAAAAUUAAAAUAAUACAAAAGGAGAGGGAUGAUUUGCAAAUUAGGAACCAGUCUAUUCAAAAGGUAUUUGAUAAUUACGAAAAACGUAUUGAAAAUUACCAGAGAGUACAGGCAGAAAAAGAAAGAGAAUUGCAAAGCAAGCAGCAGGCAUUUCUAAAUCAACUUAAACAAAAGGAUUAUAGUAUAUCUGAAAUGAAUAAGAUAGUGAAUCACCAAAAAGGCUUGAUUUCAGAUCAAGAAGGAACAAUAAGGGGAAUUAGAAAGGAGAAAGAUGAUUUGCAAACUAGGUUGAGCAGUGUUGCAGGUGAAAAAUUGACAAAAGGCAAUCCAUCUAUCACAGACCUUGGUGAUCCAAAUCGUCCAAUGAAAAUUGGCGAGAAGUAUGGCGAGCUGUAUGACAACGAAUGGACAGAUGCUAUGGAAAAUACUAUAGAAGUUAAGAAAUACUACCCAGAUAUGAAAGACAGUGAAAUAGAGGAAAUCAUCAUACGACACCUUCACAAACUAUUGAAGAAAGACGAAAUUGCCAGUUUACCUGUAUUAAAAGAAGCAUUGGUACUAAGAAGAGCAAAAUCUGAACACUUUGCGAAGUUUUUGUUUGAAAAUCAGAUGCUUUGUAAGAAUAUCAUUGCAGACUGGGAUUACAUCUACAAAAAUGAAAACUUGAUGCAGAUUUUAAUCCAAUCAACGUUCUUUGAAAAGUGCGUUUGUCUUUGUUGGUGUAUGGUAAUUCAAGACCCUGUUAUGUAUUUAGAUGACGAUCCAGUUUCAUACACGCCAAUUGAUAAAAAUACAUACAAAGAAUUUGUAAAGAGCGGAGAUAGCGUUGCCUAUGUUGUAUGGCCAGCACUGUUUUUACACAAAGGCGGACCUUUACUAUUCAAAGGUGUUGUACAAGCGUACUGGCAAAAAGAUGAAGAUGACAACAUGGAAGGAACAAGUGUUUAAAAUUGAAGGUUUUUUAUAUAUGCAAUGUGAAAGUGCACAUCAUCUGACUGUGAUACAUGUUUGUUGAUAAUGUUUAGGGACUAUACAUAUUUAACAUAUUCAAUUAUUAAUUCGCAUGAUAAUUUUGACUAGGAAGGAAACUUGAGUGAAAAGUUCUUAAUAACCGGUAGUCCAAUUUUCCAUGUAAUUAUUCACUCCCAGAGAAAAAUAAGAGAGUUGUGAAAAACCGUUGGAAUUUGGUUUAUAUCUACUGUUUCUUGAACUGUUGUUUGUCUUUUCGCAGUAUUUCAUUUUGGCUUUUGUCACUGGACGUUAAGCAACCAACAAUCAAUCAAUCAAUAAUUUUUUGACAUAGUGGUGUCUGUUCUUUUCAUAUCCACGGUUUUAAAUGACCCGUUCAGUUUUAGAGUAUAUCUUUGAUAAAGACUACAAUUCUGCAAUAUCUGUCGAAAUUUCAGUUUUGAUCAAUCUCAAGUAAUGUAUUAAGUAAAAAGUUUAGAAGUACACAAAAGUGUGGUAAAACUUACAAUUGCACAUAUAAAUUAUGAUACUGUAAAUUUUUGUGAAGGUUGGGUGUCUUUUUGGAAAUGACCUUAAUGUUUGUGUGAUAUAAAUCAAGAAGAAAAUUGGUCGUGCCUUUGUCUUUUUUACUUUUCAAAUUCAUUGACCAUAUGGCUAACACGUUUAUUUGUUUAUUGCAAUCAGUCAUUUAUAAGAAAAAACUUUCAUCACUUGAAUUUGGCAUAUUUUGUUCGGUUUAUACAUGUUUUCGUGCUAAUUAUAACCGAUUGUUAACUACUGCAAAAAUCGGGAUUAAACUGAGAAAAAAAGAAAAAAAAAA